UCCCUGCUUCUCUUUGGGGUCCCUGGCUUCAGAGACCACUUUUACAGCUUAGCUCAACCCCUCCUGAAAACCACAGGGCGGAACCUGUCACAGGAGCUGGAAGUUUCCCAGGGAACUUUUUCAAAGAGGCCUGAGCCCUAGUCCAGGCUCUGUCACUGACGGAUAGGUGACUGACUUUGGGCAAGCCGGUGUCUCUUCCAGAGGAGCCACCUCAAGGUCUUUGAGCUGAUCAUGCUUUCUGUGUUUGAACUCCCCAUCUCGGCCACCGGGUUCCUCCUGGCCUCUGCCAUCUUCUGCCUGAUGUUCUGGGUGAUCAGGGCCUGGAAACCGCAGGUCCCCAGAGGCCUAAAGAGUCCCCCGGGGCCCUGGGGCUGGCCCCUGAUUGGGCACGUGCUGACCCUGGGGAAGAACCCGCACCUGGCGCUGACACGGCUGAGCCAGCAGUACGGAGACGUGAUGCAGGUGCGCAUUGGCUCCACGCCCGUGCUGGUGCUGAGUGGCCUGGACACCAUCCGGCAGGCCCUGGUGCGGCAGGGCGAUGACUUCAAGGGCCGACCCGACCUCUACAGCUUCACUCUGAUCAUGGAUGGCCAGAGUAUGACCUUCAACCCUGACUCUGGACCAGUAUGGGCUGCCCGCCGGCGCCUGGCCCAGAACGCCCUGAAGAACUUUUCCAUGGCCUCAGACCCAGCUUCCUCAUCCUCCUGCUACCUGGAGGAGCACGUGAGCAAAGAGGCUGAAUACCUCAUCAGCAAGUUCCAGGAGCUGAUGGCAGAGGUUGGGCACUUUGACCCCUACAGGUAUGUGGUGGUAUCAGUGACCAAUGUCAUCUGUGCUGUCUGCUUUGGCCAACGCUAUGACCAUGACCACCAAGAACUGCUUGGCAUAAUCGACUUAAAUAAUGAGUUCGGGGAGGUGGUCGGCUCCGGAAACCCGGCUGACUUCAUUCCCAUCCUCCGUUACCUGCCCAACUCCACCUUGAAUGACUUCAAGGAGCUGAAUGAAAAGUUCUACAGUUUCACACAGAAGAUAGUCAAGGAGCACUACAAAACAUUUGAAAAGAACCGUAUCCGGGACAUCACAGACAGCCUAAUCAAGCAUUGUCAGGACAAGAAGCUGGACGAGAAUGCAAAUAUCCAGCUGCCGGACAAGAAGAUUGUUAAUAUUGUCAUGGACCUCUUUGGAGCUGGGUUUGACACAGUCACAACUGCCAUCUCCUGGAGUCUCAUGUACAUGGUAACGAACCCCAGCGUGCAGAGAAAGAUCCAGGAGGAGUUGGACACAGUGAUUGGCAGGGCACGGCGACCCCGACUCUCUGACAGGAGCCAGCUCCCGUAUCUGGAGGCCUUCAUCCUGGAGACCUUCCGACAUUCGUCUUUCCUCCCCUUCACCAUCCCCCACAGCACCACGAGAGACACAAGUCUGAGUGGCUUUUACAUCCCCAAGGGACGUUAUGUCUUUGUGAACCAGUGGCAGAUUAACCAUGACCAGAAACUAUGGGGUGACCCAUCUGAGUUCCGGCCUGAAAGGUUUCUCACCAGUGAUGGCGCCAUCAACAGGGCACUGAGUGAGAAAGUGAUUCUCUUUGGUAUGGGCAAGCGGAAGUGCAUCGGGGAGACCAUGGGCCGCUUAGAGGUCUUCCUCUUCCUGGCCAUCCUGUUGCAGCAGGUAGAGUUCAGUGUGUCGCCAGGUGUGAAGGUGGACAUGACUCCCAUCUAUGGGCUGACCAUGAAGCAUGCCCGCUGUCAACACUUCAAGGUGAAGCUGCGCUCUUAAGCUGAGUGUUUUGAGGGCUAGACCCUGUUAACCUGGCCUGUCUGAGCAGCCAGGCCAGGAGGCUGGCCCAGGGGGUCAGCUGAAAACCAACAGAUACUGGUCUGGCUGACUUUUUGCUGUCUCUGUAUGAGUGAGCCUGAGGAAUCAUGCCUGCUCCCUACCCUGGACUUGCCCCUCUGACUGCUGACCACAAACAGUGGGCACAGCAGAGGCCACACAAGAACUGACGGAACCUUCUGAAACGUGCUUCUGUUAGGAGGCCCGGUAGGGUCAGGAGGUCCUGAGGCCUCUGAGAACUUAUGAAGAGUUCUCUGGAAGCCCUGGGGCCAGCAGCCAGCUGGCUCUCUGGGGGACUGACUGACUUUAACAAUUGGGAGCCAUCAAGAAUGAAGGCAGCUCAAGAUACUGGCACAGGGUGGGCACCCCACUUAAACAAGGGUGAGACAUCUAACCACAUGGGUCUGGGAUACUGCCUGGGAGGACCGCCUUCCUCUACCCUCCCUACAGGCAGGAACAGGGCUGCCUUCUGGCCUUGUGAGGCUGCUAUUCCUGCCCAAGAGAGAUUGGGGACUUGUGUCUCUAAGAGUUGCAGGGGGCAGAGGAAGUGCUGGUGUCCAGGCUCCAGGACCAGGGCUGUAGUGAGGAGGGGCAGGGGUUAUUUCAGUCACCUUCUACUGGACUCCCUUCUCUACACCCUGUAUUAAAAUGUCUUUUCUUUUUUUUUAAUGUUUGUAUGUAGGGGCUUUUUAUUUCUAGCCUACAUUGUACUUGCAUGUUUGCAUUUAUCACAUUAAAGAGCUUAAGAACCAAUUUAUUUAAUGCGGUAGAGAAAAUUCUAACCCACGUAUCCAGAAAUGUUUGGCAAACAACUACCUAAGCUAAAUAAAGAUAUCAUUCAGAA